AUGCCCCACACCACCAUGGAGGUCACCGACAAGGACGACAACACCAUGGACAUCACCAAUGAGGGCGAUAUAGACACGCCGUCGCAAGACGUUCUUGGCGCCGAUCUCGCGGUCGCACUUCUGCCAGCAAACAGCUGGACUCAGCAUCUGAACGAUCCGGCAUCUACACUUGCCACUAUCUCGCCCCCGGCCCUACACCAGAUCAUCGGGCACGGUACAACUGAGUACGAGAAGAUGGUGGAGGCAUGGCGAGCGGAGAAAGCUCGUGCAGACCGCCUACAGGCCGAGAAGGAUGAGAUGAUCCGCCAACUCCAGGCCAACAAGGUUGAGACGAUCGGUGCCGCGCCUCUUCCUUUCAGAAGCAAGGGAGCUACAUGGCCACGGAGCACGACACACCCUCUCCGAAGUGCGCAGGCUGACGGCUACAUCGACUAUUCGCUGCCGAAACCUACCUAUAGAGACAGAUGUAUACAGGAGGGACGGGGCAAACAGUGCCCGCGCAACAGGUGCAAGUACGUCCACAAGGACCAGGAAGAGCUGUAUGGAGACUUCAUUGCGGGCCUGGAGUAUGCCAACAAGGCGGCGAAGGUCAAUGACCAUGAGCGCAUGGAGAUUUAA